AUGGCCAAUGCUCUGCAGCAGCUCCCUUCGAGUCAGGGCACGGCGCAGAAAGCAAUGCUGGGCACCUCCCUGGAGGGGACUCGUCCCACCUACAUCUACAAGGUGGUUCUGCUGGGGAACACGUCGGUGGGAAAGUCAAGCCUGGCCUACCGAUACGUGAAAAAAGACUUCAAGGAGUCGCUGCCAACCGUGGGAUGCUCCUUCUUCACACAGACGAUCAACCUGGAGGUAGCUACCGUCAAGUUUGAGAUCUGGGACACGGCAGGCCAGGAGAAGUACCACAGCGUCUGCCACCUCUACUACCGGGGCGCCCACGCUGCUCUCCUCGUUUACGACAUCGCUAACAAGGAAACACUCAAAAGAGCAAAGCUGUGGCUGAGGGACCUGGAGAAGGAAUUCCUUCCUGAUGAAAUCGUUGUCGCUUUGGUAGGCAACAAGAUGGACCUUGCUGUGGAGCGAGAAGUCGCCACCGAGGAGGGGGAAGAGUUUGCAAGGACCAAAGGCCUCCUGUUCAUGGAGACAUCUGCAAAAUCCAACCACCAAGUAAAUGAUAUCUUUAUGGCCAUAGCCCAAGAGCUCCUGCGGCGGGAACAAGAGAAGGCUUCCGCCCUGUCCCCGUGUGGGAGGUCAACAGUCAACCUGGGGGAGAGCGGGGUGAGGACGGGGUGCUGCCGGCUCUGAGGACGGGCAGCUCUGGACC